UUCAUGUCAUUUCCUUUUUUCAGGCCAAAAUGUUGGAUUUUUAAACCAUAUUUAAACGUUAACGCCUGCAUUUUUUAUAUUUUGUAUUCAAAAUCCCUAUACUAUACCGAGAUUAUGGACACCAACUUCGCAAAUAACAGUUUUCUGGACAAACAAUGUGCGUGCCGCUGCUGUCUUGCUAAAAAUACUGAACUUAAACCGAUUUUCAAUUCAGUUGGUUGGAUUUCAGAAGCAAUUUUCUUAUUUACAUCCGUAAAAAUCGAUAACGAUGACAAUCUCCCAGCAACAAUUUGUACGACUUGUUUAGAUGAUCUGAACAAGUGCAUCAACUUCAAGAGAAAAGUGGAAUCAACUGAUUUCUUACUAAGAGAAUGGCUCGCAAGAUCUUCUCUUCAAAAAGUGGAAGUGGAUCAUGAUUAUGCAAAACCGAUUCAAAAUUCAGUUUCCAAGAACUUUGACUGCUCCCAUGAACUAAGACCAAACGAAGAACACAACUUUAAAGAUUCCUCUCGAAGAUCUACUGCUGAUGAUUUACGUUGCAUUCAAUGCGGGAAAAAAUUUACCGACAAAACUACUCUGGAAAAUCAUGAAAUUUGUCAUAUGCAAAAUAGUAUUCCAGAUGAAUCCAAGUUCACCUGUUCAACUUGCAGAGAUGUGUUUGCAGUAGCCGAAGAUCUUUUUGUGCAUAGUUCUCUUCACGAUGACUCCAAUGGAUUUAUGUGCAAAUCUUGCAAUAAAACAUUUCUAACUUUUUUCAAACUAAAGCGCCAUGUACCAACACAUUUUCACGAGAAGCCGUAUAAAUGCCAAUUAUGUGAAAUGAGAUUCGUUGAAAUGGCAUCUCUAACGAGGCAUUUCCGAGUGCAUACAGAAGCGAAGUCAAAAUCAAAGACGCAUUUAUGUUUGAUUUGCAAGAAGACCUUUCCCAAUCGAUACACUCUUAAGGUUCAUAACCGUUCUCACACUGGCGAACGCCCUUGGAAAUGUGAUAGCUGUGACAAACAAUUCUCUGAUUUCCGGCUCUUGAACUCCCACAAAAGAAUUCACGAUCAAAGCAAACCCUAUGAAUGCAAAAAGUGUAGAAAAAGUUUCAGACAUCGGUCAACGUUGAUGACACACUCGCGAACCCACAUGAGCAAAAACCGCCCUCAUCGCUGUGACAAGUGUAAAAAAGCCUUCAAACAAUUGUGCCGACUUCAGUUACACAAACGACGCGCACACAAGACCAGCACUAACAUUAGUACUCUACGAUUUCUAUGCGAACAAUGUUGUCAAAUUUUCACUUCUAAUGCUUCCCUGGAAGACCAUUUACGAUGGCAUAGCAAAAACGUUGAGAUUCACAAUGAAAAUGCGCCGAAAGAAGCACCAUCAGAGUAUUUUCAAUGUAACGACUGCUCGGCACAGUUUUCAUCACGUUUGGACCUGAUAACACAUCAAAAACUAACCCAUUCUCUACGACACGAAUGCGAUACAUGCUUUGGAAAAUGGAAAACUUUAGAAGAGUUAGUGCGGCAUAAAUGUAAUGAAGCUAUGAAAGCUUUGGAUGAACCAUCACCUGAUGAGAUGAUAUUGUUGCCAAAUGGUCAAAUACAAGAUUGCAAUACAAUUGUUGAUACCCUUUUGGCAUCGGUGUCACAAUUGCCAGCAACAACGCCAUCAAAUGAGAAAGAAACCACCAAAACAAAGGAAUUGUGAACAGGGUGUGAACAGGAUUAGAGUGACAUGGUUUUGGAAGGCCAAUUUAUCUGGAUGAAAACAUCACCAAAAUCAAACCCAGAGUGGUGGUGGAGGUGGUGCACUUUAGAUUUUAGGUCAUCGAGUUUAUCCGGCAUGAUUUAUGUUUUUGUAAAGAGGUGAGGUCCGAUUACGGUGGCAAGACCCCUCCCCCUCCAACACCCGACGAACUACUUCCAGCAACGCAAGGAUGCUGCAGCUCCCGGAACGGACGGAUUGUAUUUUUAAUUAUAAAAUUUGACUUCCUGGAAUAUGUUCAUACUUUUCAUCGCCGAUUUCGUCAACGAGAUUUAAGGUCGAUAAAAGAAGCGAAACUAAAGAAUUUCAUUACUGGAGUUGAACUCGUUAAAUGUUCUUGUCUUGAUCAUUGUGAUUCCUGUUUGAGAAGUAUGUGGACCUAUGAGAGAAAUAACUCCAAGUGGGAAUAAAUGUUCCCUAACUUAUUAGGAACGGUUUUAUCCGGCUCCCCAUCCCUGGAGUUAUACUUAGGAUCUGGCCCUCCAGGUUGGGGGUUGUGCCGUCGGGGUGACUUCCUGGCCACGUAAAAGCUUUCAUAGUUGCGAAGCACCAACAAGCCUCGGAUACGGACAGAUUUACUGUUGACAACCAACGCAAACAAAUUAAGGACAACGAACUUGGGAUAUGCACGUGGAAUGAAUUAACAGACCACGUGCGGCCGAAGAAUUAGCGGAGGCCCUAGACCGCUAUAAAGCAGAUAUCACCGCCAUCCAGGAAAUACGAUGGGAUGGGCCAGGCAAACAGAGGAUGAAAAACUGCGAUAUUUACUAUGGUGACUGCUACCACGAAAACCAGCAGCGCUUAUUUGGAUACGGCUUCGUCAUUGGAGCCAGACUUAGGCAAGAAGUCUUGAGCUAUAUGUGCAUCAAUGAGCGCCUCAUAACCAUACCCAUCAAGGCGAAAUUCGGCAACAUUAGCUUGAUAUGCGCGAAUGCCCCACAGAAGAGAAAGAUGACAACACCAAAAAUAUGUUCUUCGAGCUCCUAGACAAAACAUAUGAGCAGUGUCCUAGCUACGAUAUUAAAAUAGUCCUGGGCGAUUUUAAUGCCAACCUAGGAAGGGAAGACAUAUUUGGUGGAAUAAUCGGGAAGAACAGCCUGCACGACAACACUUCCGACAACGGAUUCAGACUCAUAGAUUUUGUAGCCAGUACGCGUUUUCCACACCUCAAUAUCCACAAAGGAACUUGGACUUCUCCAGAUCAAUCUACCGUCAACCAGAUUGACCAUAUUGCGAUCGACGCCAGACACGCUUCCAGCAUUAUGGAUGUCCGAACUUUCCGAGGAGCUAACAUCGACUCAUACCACUACCUCGUUGUAGCCAAGAUAGCACUUCGGAUUUCCAGACCCAAGGCAAAACAGGAAGGUGCUGGGAGAAGAUACAACGUCGAACGGCUACAAUCGCCAGAGAUCGCCAAAUCCUUUUCCGAUCAAGUUACAAGUAACCUCUCUCGAAGUUCUCUGCCUCCAACACAAUGUAUCGAAAAGCAGUGGUAACUUUACCAAGGUGCAAUCAGAGAAGCCGCCUCUGAUGUGCUGGGUUUCAAACAGCCACCAACAAGGAACCGCUGGUUUGAUGAGGAAUGUCGGCAGGCAAAUGCAGCCAAACAACAAGCAUGCAAAGCGGCGCUGCAUUAAAGGACCAGAGCUGCUCAUGAGCUCUAUGAGCAGAAGAGGCGAGAGGAACGCCGACUUCUCAGAAGGAAAAAGAGGGUAUGAGAAGCGUGCGGUCGAAGAUGUUGAGAGGUUUAAAAGCAGGAAUGAAGUUCAAAAGUUUUAUGAACAGGUGAAACGAAAUUCACAGGUACAUAAACCUAGAACUGAAGGCUGCACAGACGAAAGUGGAAACAUCAUAGUGGAACUGCAGUCAAUGCUGAGGAUAUGGAAGUACCACUUCUGCAGACUGUACAACGGCGACGACGAACUAAAUUCCGCUGUCAGGCAGGAUGAUGAUCCAUUCAACAUAGACGACGAAAGCCAACAAUUCCGUCCUCCCGACUUAGACGAAGUAAAGAUUGCCAUAUCUAAGUUGAAGUCUAAUAAAGCCGCUGGAGCAGAUGGCUUCAAUGCCGAGCUCUUUAAAGCAGCUGGAGAUAAGUUGGUUAGGAGCAUGCACCAACUUAUCUGUAAGAUAUGGUCGGAAGAAAGCAUGCCCGAUGAAUGGAACCUCAGUAUUGUUUGCCCAAUCCUGAAAAAAGGAGACCCUCUAAACUGCACCAACUAUAGAGGAAUCAGUCUUCUCUGCCGUAAUAUGUGAACAUCUAAAGCCCAUCGUCAACAACCUGAUAUGUCCUUAUCAGUAUGGUUUUAGACCAGGAAAGUCCACAGUCGAUCAAAUAUUCACAUUAUCGACACCCACCAUCCUUUCAUCGAUUUCAAGGCCGCAUAUGACAGCAUCUACAGGGAUGAGCUGUAUAGAGCCAUGACUAGUUUCGGCAUCCCUGCCAAACUCGUCCGUUUGUGCAGGAUGACCAUGGAGAAUUCACGCUGCUUCAUAAAGUUUGGAAACAACUUAACAGAACCUUUCAAUGUCAAAAAAGGUUUUAGACAAGGUGAUGCGCUGUCAUGCGAUUUUUUUAACAUUGUGCUUGAAAGAAUAGUGCAGAGCUCACACGUCAUCACUAGAGGCAGUAUCUUUCAAAAGUCUGUCCAAUUACUAGCAUAUGCUGAUGACAUUGGCAUAAUUGGGGGAACUCAGCAAGAUGUCAAUGGAGCUUUUGUGAGUAUUAAGGCAGUGGCGGCAAAUAUGGUUUUAAUGAGGGCAAAACAAAGUACAUGCUGUUGUCAAGAAAGAACAUACAACACCGACGUCUUGGUCUAAACGUCACCAUCGACAGACGUAGUCAAGGUAGUCAAGGACUUCGUCUACCUAGGCUCCGCUGUAAACACAGAAAACAACACCAGCGCUGAGAUCAAACGCAGAAUAACUCUUGCUAACCGCUGUUUCUUUGGACUAAGAAAGCAAUUGAGUGGUAAAGUCCUCUCUCGAGGGACCAAAGUGUUGCUAUAUAAGAACCUUAUCAUCCCCGUCCUGCUAUACGGUGCAGAAGCAUGGACUAUGACAAAAGCGGAUGAAGGCACCUUGAGCCGGUUCGAGAGAAAAGUUCUUCGUGUGAUCGUCUCGUAUGCAUCGAAGGGAAGUGGAGGAAAAGAUGGAAUGACGAGCUGUACGGGCUGUACAUCGACGUGGAUUUAGCCAAAAGGGUAAAAGUCCAACGACUAAGAUGGCUGGGUCACGUAGAUCGCAUGGAAACCAAUGCUCCGGCUCGGAAAGUCUUCGAAUCCAUACCCACAGGACAGCGCAGUAGACUAAGACCGCGGAUCAGGUGGUACGCACAAGUGGAAGGUGACCUCACCCAACUUGGAGCGCGAAACUGGAGACAUCUAGCUAGGGACCGAGCUAAAUAGAGAAGUUUGUUGGUUGAGGCCCUAGUUCACACAGGACUGUAGCCUCACCUUAAGUAAAUAAGUAAGUAUUGGUCUGUCAACAAAUAAAAAGAAAAUUAAAAUUAUGACAAAUGGCGUUUCUGACCAACUAAGGUCAGGUUAAAGUGGCUGUACGUGAUGGAGUACACUAAGGCCGGUUUAAUAGCCCGUUUCACUUGGAACACGCUACAAUCAUGGGAAGGCGGAAUGGGAGUAUUGGGUUGUCAACAAAUAAAAAGAAAAUUAAAAUUAUGACAAAUGGCGUUUCUGACCAACUAAGGUCAGGUUAAAGUGGCUGUACGUGAUGGAGUACACUAAGGCCGGUUUAAUAGCCCGUUUCACUUGGAACACGCUACAAUCAUGGGAAGGCGGAAUGGGAGACUUAAUUUCAGUCGUUCAGAGUACAAACCUUUACCAACCCCAUCAUUUGUUUUCGAUCCAUCUGUGUUAUAGUGGAUUGACACGUCUUCCAGGAAUGCCCUAUCCUACCAUAAGAUCAAAAGGGCAUAGCAAUCUAAAAGAUUCUGUCGAAUUUUAGUUGAAGGAUGAUGUGGUCUGUGUGCUUUGGAAUUAAUUCCAAAUACUUAAGCAUAACGGAGUGGUCAAUGUUGUUGUUGUUAAACCACUGCAUUGAAGCUUUGAAGCGAAUAGCAGAGCUUGCAGCUAUUUGUUUGCUAAGAAUAUCAAGAGAUCCACUAAGAGUUAAUAACAAAAUAUUAGAAUACUUUGAAGACUCCACGAACACAUACCUUGGCCAAAUUAUAUCAUUCAAAAGCAAAGACAAAAAGGAUAUAUAACAGCGAAUGACAAACGCUUGGAAGCAGUUGUGGAAUGUUAAGCAUCUUAUUACUUUAAAAAUUCGAAUAAAACAAGUAAAAAUAUGAGUCUGUUUCAACAGUUCUUCCAGUUCUCACCCAUGUAUGUUAAAUUUGGCAAAUCACGCACAAAAUUCUUGAACGAAACUUCGAUUAUGUCAGGGAGCUAUUUUGAACGUUUUUAUUGGUCAACGAAUUAUCCAUCAAAAUAUAAGAAGUCAAACUUAUUUUGAAGACAUUGAAAUACAGACUUAAGAAACUUAAAUGGGAAUGGUCUGGACAUGUAAUACGUACAGUUGAUAUAAUCGACGGCCAAAUUAAGUAACCCAAUGGAAUGGAAUAGCCAUUAUUCAGUUUAAAAUGUUACUGACAAAAAAAAUUUAAAUGCAUCAACUAGUCAUGAAUUAAUUCGGUUUAGAUUGGGCCCAAAGGUUUUGCCUGCAGUAAAUGUAAAUAAAAGUGAAAUGGCUUUGGCUACAAACCAAAUGCGAACAAAAAUAAUAAAUUUCUUAGGAAUUUGUUCAAAAUUUAAAAGUCAAUCUUAUUGCCAAAUAAUAAAGCUUUUUUCUUAAUUGUUUUAAAUAAAUUGAUCUAUAUAUUUUAAUGAUUUUAACUACACUUCUAUCUCAUUUGAAUUUUGUUCUUUGGUUUCUUGUUUUAAUUCUGCCAAUUUGAUCAGAACUUGCAACUCAAAUUUAUCAAUGAA